AUGGCUGGCUGGUUUUACAUCACAUCCGACAUUGAUCCUUACCCAACAACACACAUCUCCCACACCUACCCAGAACCUGGGCAUCACCUGCACCACAUCCCAGUUCCAUACGUGGCACACAAGGUGUACACCAAGUUCCAUGACAGAGACGACGACAUCCAUCAACCAAAGACCGAUGUGCGCGAGACCCUGAGCAACUUCUACUUGGAGGUCGAAUUGCCAGGCAUCAAGGACCACACGGAACUGCGUCUGCGCUGGACAUCGAACCGCACGCUGCUGCUGACAAGCAAGACUCAUCGGCCCGACAUUCCGGAAGGGGAGUUGGUUGAGGAGCCUGGUCCUCCACCAGAAGUCACAGCUCCAACUCCCACGCCCGCUGCGCCUACGAAUGGCGAGACAACAGUCGCUGCUGAAGCUACUCCUGCUGCAGCACCGCCGCCGCCGCCAGAGGGCGAGGAGGCGCCAAAGGCCAAAGCGGCUGAGGAACAUGCCUCCAAGAAGCACGAACCUCACCUGACGGUGCACGAGCGGCAGGUCGGCGAGAUGAUCCGGGCCUUCAACUUCCCCGUCGACGUCGAUCGCGACAAGACGCACGCCAAGCUCGACGCCGGCCUGCUGAGGAUCGUGGUGCCCAAGAUCAUGGAGCACGGCGAGGCCAAGCACAUCCAUGUGCCCAUCCACUUCACUUCGCUUCCCACCGCCGUCAGCAGCUGA